GCCGCGGCCGCGGCCCGUGUUUGACUGUUUGUUGAUUCCGUUUCAGUCGCGUGAAUUCGUGAGUGGCGGAGUCAGUGACUUAUCCGCUUCGCGUCUGCGUCCGUUGCAACGUGUUGAAUUUGUGUUUAUACUCGUCCCCGCGAUGGGAACGUCGUGCUAAAUGUGCUCUGUGUGUUUCGUGUCGUGUUCGUGUGUGUUUUCACCAUGUCAUCGGCCACAAGCAGUGGCAAUAUCGUGGUCGAGUGGUUGAAGUCCCUGCAUUUGGGCCAGUACGCCGAGUCCUUCCUUGAUAACGGUUACGAUGACUUGGAGAUUUGCAAGCAAGUCGGUGAUCCGGAUUUAGAUGCUAUCGGUGUUUUUAACUCGACCCAUCGGCACAGAUUGCUUCAAUCAGUGCGAACUCUCCGCGAAGAGGGUGCCGCGUCUGUUUACUUCACUCUCGAGGAAUCCGCGGCCAUCCAGGAGGAAUGUUUGUGUGAUAGUGCGAGUAUCAGGUCCUCCAGGGCCUCCUCGGGUACCGGGAAAACCUCUGAUAAGGAGCUUCCGUCCAAGAAUUCUGCUUCUGCGGGAUCCUCCAGCACGGGCAGUGUCCAAGAGUUGCAUGCCUACCAUGAUGAGUAUGAGGAGGGCAAAGCCGAGUUGGUUAGAAUCCCCAGGCUUCAGUUGAAAUCUCUCCUCAAAGAAAAGUUGUCGCAAGAUGGUAUCCAGCUCAGCAAUCAGCCUUAUUCCACCAUGGACGGACAGCGGGGUUACCUGGAAGGGCUGGCGUCGAGGUACGCGGACAUGUACAAAACCCACUAUCGGGACGUCUUGGAGCACUUGGAGGACCUGCGGCGGAGAGCUUGGGGGGUCCACCUGUCCCCCAGCCCCAGGACCCCUCCCGGCCCGGCCCCCCGCUCGCCCACCCUCACCACUAGCCUUUCACAACCCAUCUACGUGCCCGGCAAGUAUUCGCCUUCAAGUUGCCUAAGUGACCGGGAAGAAGAUGAAAUUUACGGGUUUGCUGGCGAAGCCAGAGAACCUGUCUACGGUGUCUAUGAAAAACCGAAGCCUCAAAGACGAGUUGUCAUUAAUAACUACCAAAAUUGCCUCAAUCCUAGAUCAGCUUAUUUUUACGAAUUUCCGCCCACUGAGCGAUCCGGGAAGAAGAAAACAACGUUCACCAGGUUCUUGAAGCACUUGAAAGCUCAUAGGAAAGAGAAAAGUGGGUCGCCUAAGCAUCCAAUGCACCGGGCGCUGACGCCCGACAGACUGGACGAGCCGCCCGGCUCCGAGUACGAUAGAUUGAAAUAUUUCACCCAUGGGCACUCCGGAUUCGAGGAGACUAUUCAUAGGUUAAAACUUCAGGAAGCGAUGAAGAAAAAAGAGCGUUUCGACCGAGAACACGAAGAGAUUUUGCGGGAUAUCCGACACGGACUGAGCCGGGAGGCGAGCCUGGGGGUCCAGUUGCGGGGGGAAGGAGGCGGGGGCGGGGGAGGCGCCGGGAGUGACGACACCUACAUGUACGACGACGACAUGAUCCGAUUGGCCACACUCGGGCACCACUGGUACGAUGAGCCCCCUUAUGAGAGCGACCCCGAGGACUUCUUAAUGGUGGCUGCCGACCAACACAAUCAGAGGGUGUGCUACACGAUGAAAACGGACAAGAUGGGCCUGGGUCGGAGCGGAGGCAAAGGACUCAAAGGCAGUAAGGGGAAAGGAAAAGGGGUGCAAGUGAACGGAAACGGAACGUGCAACACCAUGGGUGAGGGCGGUGUGAUAUCUUUGCGUUUGGCCGGUGAUAUCUCCCUUCCACCAAUGGGCAUCCACCAACGGGGGCUCAUUCUUCCCCAGGCGGGCCCCUACCCUCCAACGGUUAUCCCACUUACUAGACACGCACAUGCCAACAACCGGGAAUCGGGAGACUAUGCUGCCUCUGAUAUCCAAAGCGUCUGCUCAAGGCUGUCGUCUCUAUCGAUGGAAACCAGUCGUUCAGAAGCGUGUGAACCAGAUUUAUACCAUCGACUGAGGCCAUUUAACAAUGGGAAUGAUUCAGCCAUUUCCCCUGGGAGCUCUGACUGCACUGAGGAAGACAUGGUUACGCUCCAUUCAACGCAGAGAGGUAGUUCUUUCCUUGCCCAUCGAGUGCAAGGGCUUAAGUUUGACCGAUCUAGUGCUCAAAGAAAACACACUCAUAGAUAUCGAUGUGAUCAGCAUACUAGCUCCAUAGAAAGCUUGCCAAGUGGUUCGAGUACACAACCCUUGAUGCAAGGAAAUAGUUCAGAAGAGACUGGUUCUCCGUCUCCAACAAUUGCUCGUGCCAAAGCUCUCGUUGAUUAUACACCUAGCCUUUAUGAAAAAGAUGCGCUCAAAUUUAAAAAAGGUGAUGUUAUUGAAGUAAUCUCUAUGUCAACUAAUGGUCUUUGGCAAGGUCGACUUGGGGGCAAACAAGGUUACUUCAAGUUCACCAAUGUUCAGCUGACUAAUGAAGGAAAUAAUGUCCACCGCCAGCACAAGCCAUUGCAGUUCAAACAUCGUAGUAGACAUCGACCACAAACCUUAGAGCAACUGUUAGAAACAAUUAAUAUGAAGGAACAUAUGUCAAUAUUUAUGUUGAAUGGAUAUGAAGAUUUAGAAUCAUUUUGUGCAAUUCAAGAAAAAGACUUGGAUUACUUGGGUAUCCUGGAUAUCGAACAACGAGCUUUAAUAUUAGCUGCAGUAGAAGUAAUGCACGGUUAUGAAUCUCCAGACAAUGGGGACAGUAGUGGAGACGAAUACAAUCCAGAAUCCUUUGACCAACAAAAUAAUCAUGAGCACUCGAGGUCGAAUAAUCUAGACUCGAACUUAUCAGAGACAUCAUCGGCGUCUACACGAACAAGCACGAAGAGCGAAAAUUCUCAUCCAAUGAUCAAAACCAGUGCAAACAAUGUCUCAUCAGUUGAAGUGACAGAGACGCAAGGGAGCAAUACUUAUCUACCAAACAUACCGACAAAAACAAAUCAAAAGUCCAGUAGUAUAGUUGAAAUAACGAGCAGCGAUCUCAAAAGUAAUGAAAAAGUUGCAGUAGUCAAGUACAUUUGUAAUCCUUCAGACUUGACCUGUGAAACCAAUAGCUCCAUAGUGAGAAACUCAGAGGAAAAUCAUGUCAUUCGACGCAACUCGAGCAAUUGCUGCACAUUUAGUGAAAAGUCCAGUGACUCAGGGAUUAGCAGUAGUUCUGUGUCUUCAUCAGCCCCUAAUCAAAACUCUGUGAUGAAAAUCAAACGCAAAAUUCAAACAACCAAUAAUAUUAGUCCGGGAACUAAGGCAGCAUUAAUCGAGUCGCCAACAAGGAGUUAUGUCGGUCAUUUUGUAAUGGAUUCUAGAAAAAACUGAUCAAUUUUUGCUGCAAAAUCAAACAUCAAGAUUUUCUCCGACAAUGCCAUAUUUUUUUCAAUAAGUCACUUCAAAAUAAGAACUAGGUGACUUUUUAAAAAAUCUAUCCAAGUUGUUUUAUUUUUAUUUUGUCUGUGAUCUUCAGUAUUUAAGUUUAUAUUAAAAUAGAUUUUUCCCCUGAAGCCAAACAUUCCGUAAAUAUUUUGAACAAUAUUGUAUUUUCUCAAAUUUUCCUUUAUAAGGGGGUGUUAGGUAUUUGAAUGUAGACUAGGGUGUUCUUUACCUUUGUUGUAAUUUUGCAUAAGUUGUGCAGAACAUUUUCCUAUGCAAAUUUUCUGCGAUAUAUUUGAAGAACUUAAGUUUCACAAUUUCUAGUUUAACAAACUCUGCCAACUUGUCAGAUCAUUGAGUAAAAAAGAAAAUUGAAUUUUUUUUCUAACCAAUCAUCUCAUUAGUGAAUUAUAUUUUGAAUGCACUCUUGAAAUAAUUGGAUGCAUUGCAAGAAACAACCUCAACAUCUUGGACGUUAAUUUGAGUACUAAGUCGUUUUACCCCAGUUAUACAUACUUUUACAUUGUUUACUACCAAGGCUGCAUACAAAUUUGAAUAUUUAGUGGGUUCAUUGGAGCAAUUUGAUGGUAGAUCUGCAGGAAUGUGUAUCUAGGUUUGCAACGUUGCAGACUUCCUGUCCUCGUUUGUUUCUCCUGUAGAAAAUUACUCGACAUCAUCUUGUGGAAACUUCCCUGUUUUUUUUUCCUCUGUGUGAAGAAAAUUCUGUAAAAAUUUCAAACAAUAGAGAUGGCUUGUUCUCAUUUGAUAAAAUUAAAUGCCAGCUAAUACACCCCAAACGAGAUAUGCGUUCCUGCAGUUUUACUGUCUAAUUCCAAGAUUUAGAUGAGAGGUUUGCUAUCUUGCAAAAAGCCGGUUUUAUUGGCAAUGCCACUAUUUUUCACAAUUUUUUUCAGGAACAAAAUAUGUUUUUUACCACUUCUUCGGAAUAAAAAUCCUCAAAUUUAUUUUCAUAAGAAUUACAUAGGAAACGGUGAAAAACUGAUUUUCCCCUUAAUUGCAUAAUUUUGCUUUCCUGAGAAGUUCGGCUGAGCGGCUGAGGGCAAUUUUCUUGCAACGCAUCAUAAAUGCAAUUUUUCUCCAAGUAAUUAAUUUGUAGACUGAUCAAUUUAUAAGAUCGAAUGAAUUUUAGCAAUAAUAAUGUGCUUUUGAUUGAAUUUACUUAAUCACCCAUGUGUUUUAAAGUGCCUGCCAUUUACCAGAUUAUGAUUUUUAUCAUUUUGUUAUACAUAAUUGAUUUAGUUGAAAAAUACAGUUCUGAACUGUAGGAACUUUACUACAUCCUGGUUAUUUUUAUGUAUUGAUAUUGAACUGAAAGGAAAACAUUCAGGAACGAUGCAAAGAACUAUCUGCGUGAAUUGAUGCCCCAAUCUUGUGACAAUCCUAGGUAUACUUAAGUAAUCCUUUUCCAAAACUGUUACAAUUGGAUUCAAAUUUUCAAGAGUGAAAUUCUUUUGCCUGCUGAUUCUUUUUUACGGUGCGUUUCUGGUCUCCACCUCUUACCAGAUUACGAGUGCAGCCAAGUUGUGUUUUAAGAAAAAAAAGUAAAAAUGGGUUGGAAAUCAGAAUUUUAGGACAAGCAAACUCAUUUGUUCAAUCUUAAGGUUGCCAUAGUUCAAAGCUCUCCGUUGAUUGCGUUUGCGUAUCACCUAAUACAGAAUAAUUUUUAUUUAUUUUCCAUUAUUUUCUUGUUUUCGAAACUCACAGUUUCUGAUUAUCAAAAGAAAACAUCCAAUUUUCUAAAGAUUCACAGUAUCAAUUUCAUUCACAUGAAAGAGCAUUCUAUUAAACAUCCACCCGACAAAUCAGAAUGAAAUCCUCACCUAUUGGUCCAUGAUGCCAAAACUUUAUAUAGGCUCUCAAUUCUGCAACUGUUAUGAUUCUAGUCAAAUAUAUAUUGCUCAGAUACUUCAAGUUAGUAACUUAAAAAAUUCAUGCAUGCUCUCCCAUGAUUAUUAAAGAUGAAAAAUUACCAAAAAUUGCCAACUUAAUGAUUUGCUGCAUGUUGCUCUAGUCACAGAUCAUUUAUUGGUUGCUUGGCUGAUCGGUGGAAGGCUUACUUUUAAAAUCAGUCUUGGAUGUGGCGUUGAAUUAAGAAAUACCCAGGAAAAAUAAUAAGUAUACUGAAAUUGUCCAAUUGAAUUCAAGGAAUAUGAAAUGAUUCUCUGCGUGCAACAGUUAUUUUGAAUGACUUUUUACACUUAUUUUUGAACAACAAAACCCUAUUUAGAUAGCACUAAGUAAAGCAGUUACAUUGAUGGUUUUGAAAAAAUACCCAUGUGCAAUUAUGUAGGGCUGCGUACUGAUUGUUGAAAUUGAUAGACAAAGCUAUAGACAAAGAAGACAAAAAGGACAUGGGAGGGAUCCUAUUGAUGGAAGCGGGUGGUUGCAAUGGACAAAGGAGGUUGGUAAUAGAUUAACUAACGGCAACUCUCGUUAGACCCUUCGGUUAGUUCAUCAUUUACCCUCUUAGUGUGUAAAAAACACCCAACUUAACCAAUAGGAUCGCUUCAUACUUAUCAUGUCUCCUUUUUCUAUUGCUUUCUCCAUCAAUUUCAACAAUCAGCCUGCAGGUAACAUAUGCUAGAUAAGGAUGCUAAUGGAUUUUCAAAAAUUACAGCCUCAGGAACAAGACUGAAAUUGGGGAGCACUCACAAGAAUCUCCAAAGGCUCCAUCAUACUCUUUAGCUACGUAGAAAAUUUGAUCUUUCCAUAGAUAAGAACCAUUUGCUCAGUGCAAUUUCCUCUGAAACACAGUUUAUUAGCAAUAACUUGUACCGUUCGAAAGUUAGAAGCAUUCAACAAUUUGGACUUCGACCCCACGUCCUCUGUUCCCCACUAUUUGGGGCAAAAAGCAACCCUUUUCCUCUCAGAUGAUUCUCUAUCAACCCCCAAAAUAUGACACGAUUCCCCGGGGGAGGGAGGGGGGGGGGCAAACACACCAAUUUUGAACAGUGUCCUCUGCUCAUUCUUAGCACCAAGUGACUUAGCAUCCUCCCUUGAACUGUCCAAGUCUCAUUGAGUAUUCUCUUUUUCUCAACAACAAAAAUGUUUUUAUAUGUUUGCUGCCCAUUUUUGACAGUUUUAACGAAUUUUCCCUCUGUUAUGUUUCUUUAUUGUUAUGUAAAUAAGAUAGUCAAUACUCAACAGCCAAAAAGUAUCAAACAGACUGUAAACAUGGUAACAAACAUGUUCUGCAGUCAAAUCAAUUUUUACACAUUAUCAAUUUGUCAAAAUUAGACUUUAUCUAGUGUAUUGCAUUGUAUAUAAGAUUGAAUUCUCGCUGUUCACAUCCAUUUCCACAGCAUGGUCCCAAUUCCAAAAUAAAUGCCAAAAAAUUUAAGGGUCAAUUCUUGAGAUCAAAAUAAGAUUUCGCCCACAUGGUUCCAAAAAUUCUUUCUGAGCUACAACAAUAUAACAGUCUGGAAUAUGUAUGUUUCUAAAAUGAUUAACUCCCCCUCACCUUCUCAGGUAGACCGUCAUAGAAUGUUUGUAUUUUUAUGUAAUUUUAAAUGCAGAGUCGAAACUUUUUAAUUUAAAAAAUUCUUUAGGUGAGUAUGUGAAUUUUUCUAAAUGUAUAUAAUAGAUUGAUUUCUAGGUACUUGAGCAAAUAUUUUUUUUCUCAAUCAACCUGGGAGGUAAAUGGAAACCAUUUUUGGCUUUUUCAAGACAGGGUUUUCUUUGCCAUUUAGGGUUAAGAAAAUCUUUAAAGAUUUUUAGAAGCUUAGUUCACUCUGUUUAUAGUAAAUUGGAUUUAAAAAAAUGCAGGUGCCUCUUUCCUCACUAAAAUACUUACCGAAAACUACUGAAUCACUACAUACAUUCUGUAAGACUUAUAUGCUCUAUAAAUAACUGCAGAAAAACUUUUAAAUAAUUUUCUCCAGCUCUCUCUGAUUCUAUCAUUAAAGUGCAAUUUUUUAAGCAGAGAGACGGUCAUAAAUAUAAAUGGACCCCUUCAAUUAUUCACCGUGAGAUGUUCAUAGUGGAUUUCAUCUCCAAGAGUUCUGUAGAAUGCCUAAUACAGGGAGACACUUGAAAUUGUGAGCAAUUAGACUUAUUUUCUUCUGUUUCCAAAUCUUAGACAGUUGUAGCUCAGAGGAGUUUAAUUUUGUAAUCAUGUUGUAGCCAUUUAAGUUUUAUUCUAGCCUCAAGAAUAGAUCCCGGAUUUCUUGGCUGUUAUUCUUAGGACAUUCUGUAUAAAUAUUUCUAGAUUUAUUAUUUUUAACAAUUUUGACAACUUUUGUAGCAAUGAAAUUUAUAUGUUAUAUUCUAAUUUAUAUUAAAUUGAUCUUCCAAAA